GGAGUUGCCAAAAAGUUCCAUGCAUUUGUUUUGAUUUUCGGAAAAAUGUGUGUGUGCAUUUUCUCAGUCUGAUUUAUUUGCAUUUUUCCACCACAAAAGUGAUAAUGAUAGGACAAAGAGACACAGUGAGAGUUUGUAAAAGUGCUGUGGCAGCGUGGCAAGCAUUUAACCAUACAUAAUCACCUCUGUAGACACUCAAAAAGACCAUGGAAAAGUUCAUCAAGUCGCCAUCAACUUUCUCUUAAAUAAGACAAAACACUGAUAAUUUGUUUCCUUUUGCGGCAUUUGCUAUCAAGUUCAACACUAAUUUUGCCAUUCGUUAGCUCCAUUUGGGAGUGUGUGAGAUAAACGAGCCCUCCCAGAGGUCCCCCGUAUCAAAUCAAUAAAAAAAAACCAGAGAGCUGCGAUAAUGAGAAUUGCUGCUUCAGUCACAAAGUUUCUUUCCCAUUUAUUUGCUGUUUCUACUUAUUUCCGGCAAUUUUUGGUCUUUUCUGUGACUUCUGGGGCCACUAUGGUGUGAUCCCUAGGCCUCUGCAAUCUAUUCAACUACCUGUAGCUGCAUCGUGCUAAAAAAUCUGAAGAUUAACCUCGGUCUGAUCUGCAAACAACGCAAAACGUCACAAUGCAGCAGACAACGCGAACGGAAAUGCGUCCGGUGAAGUAUCACUAUGCGGACUCUUUCCUCUGCACCUACGUCGUCUCCGUGAUAGCGGCCAACAUGGCGGAAUUGGUGACGUAUCCUCUGGAUCUGACUAAGACGCGACUGCAGAUCCAGGGUGAAGCGGCUGUGAGUGAAGGCAGUCGUAUAGUCACCCGGACACAGUACAGGGGCAUGCUGGCCACUGCCCUGGGAAUUGUGCGUGAGGAAGGGGCUCUGAAGCUGUGGCAGGGCGUCACUCCGGCUCUCUAUCGGCACGUUGUCUACAGUGGCGUGAGGAUCGUGACGUAUGACACACUGAGGAAGAGCAUGAUGGCAGCCAAUCAUGAGACUAAUGCCAGCCUGCCACUGCACAAGUCUGCCCUGUGCGGAGUCACUGCUGGGGCUCUGGCUCAGUGGAUGGCGUCUCCGGCUGAUCUCGUGAAGGUUCAGUGCCAGAUGGAGGGCAAACGUAGGCUACUAGGCCUAGAGCCCCGGGUUCACAGCGCUGCCCAUGCUUUCAGGGAAAUUGUGAAGCGAGGAGGAGUUCGGGGCCUGUGGAAGGGCAGUGUUCCCAAUGUUCAAAGGGCAGCUUUGGUAAAUCUGGGUGAUCUUACUACUUAUGAUACCGUUAAGAGGGCCAUAAUGCGACGAACAGGCCUUCCUGAUUGCCAUCUAGUCCACGUGGCUUCGUCAGUUUGUGCUGGUCUUGUGGCAGCUACAAUGGGCACCCCGGCAGAUGUGGUUAAGACGAGAAUCAUGAAUCAGCCGGUGGACAGCACCGGUAGGGGAUUGCUGUACAAGGGCAGUGUCGAUUGUCUCAUGCAGACUGUGUCCAAGGAAGGAUUCUUUGCUCUCUACAAGGGUUUCCUGCCCGUGUGGAUUCGCAUGGCUCCUUGGUCUCUUACUUUUUGGCUCUCCUUCGAGCAGAUUCGGUCAAUGCUCGGAAUUGGUGGCUACUGAAUCCUCUUGUUGGAGAAAAAAAAAUUAAAUACCUUCAAGAGGCAUCUCGAUCGAUUUUUGUUACCCCUUGGAAAGUACCAAUUUUUCCUGUUAGAGUUUUUUGUUUUAAUUUUAUUUUCUAGGUUUUAUGUGGACAAAAACGAACUCAGGCAGAUUGUUUUCAUUUUAUUUUUAAAAUUUUGUUGCAGAGUCGCUCAGCAAUGAUGCCAUUUUUUUUAAAAAGGGACAGAUAAUCCUAACCGGCUUAUGUAGGUGAGAUUCUUAACGUGAGCUAACUCGGAGUGCAUGCAAAUUCGAUUUGGAGCUGAAGUUGGGAGACGCCAUUCAGUUAUCUUGAAUCAAAUUCGUGAAAUUAUUCAAAUUUUGUAUUUAAACCAAAAUAUCAAGCAUUUGGAUAGACUGGCAGAAAAGUAAUAUUUGUUUGAAAUGUAGACCAGAAUGUUCUCUAUAAUUUUCCCAUAGAACAUGAUCUCAUCGAUUACUCAGAAGCCAAGAUAAGCGAGGUUUUUUGUUUCUUAACUCGUUUUUUCAUCCAGAGUUCCCCAAGUAGUCAUUUGUUGAACUUCAACUAUAUCAAAGAAUUGUUGUAUUUUGUGGGACUUUCCAUUUAAAACCCUAUUUUAAGUGUCUUGGUGGAGUAGAGGCAGUCAAAUUGGCAUCUGAGUGAUUUCAAAACGUUAUUAUGGGAAAAAUCAAUUUUUUCACACUUAAACGGCAAAAUCGGAGUGAUAGCGUAGUCUGAGUGGAAAAUGAUGUAUGGACGAAAUGUAGAGACAAAUGUGCUCUACAAUUAUGUCGAAGUAAUCAUCAAAAUCGGUUCAGCGACAGUCGAGAUAAUUGAGGUUAUGUGAUAUUGAAAUUGGUUUUUCGACUGUGGCGCCCCUGGUGUUGGUCCCACAAAGUUCAAAUAUUCUAGAAAGUUUUAGCUUUUGAUGAGAUCUUUCGUUUAAGCCCUCAUUCAUCAAAAUCGGUCACAUAGAACCGGAGAUAUGAUUUUUUGAAUUUCGUGAACUUUGACCCCUCAUAUCUCUGGUUCUAUUGAAACCACAGCGCGCAUACGCACCAUUUUGGAAACGUCCUAGACUGGACUACAACAUACUAAAAUUUCAUUAACUUGCACAAUGCCGUUUUUGAGAAAAGUGACUUUGAAUUUCGAUGAAUUUUGACGCUAUCACAGCGCCACCUGUGGUGACUUUUUGAACUUCCAUCUGAAAGUGCUCAUCGAGACGAAACCAAAAAGGUAAAACUUAGGUCGCUAUGUUAAUUAGAACCGGAGAUAGAGGCCGGUCAAUGUUCGAACUUUGACCCCUUAUAGCUCGGGUCAGGGGUUAUGGAUCGACUUAAGGUUUUUUUUGUUUGAUAGGUAUAAUCAACGGCUACAACAUACUAAAAUUUCAGCCUGAUUGCAUAAGGAAUUUUUGAGUUAUUUAACUUUUAAGAUUUAAAAAUUUUCUUUUAAAUAAUAGCGCCCCUAGCGGUGGUUUUAUGAACUUGCGAUGUUAGAAGGGGAAGUGGCAUUUCACGAGAGCUUUCCAAAAAGCCCUCAUUUUUUAAAUUCUGACAAUUAGAACCGAAGUUAUGGCCAUUUUAAGAAAUUUUUUUUGGACCCUUAUAACUCGGGUCAGGGGGGUCGGGGGACCUUAAGUUUGGUACUGAUGGAAAGCUCUAAGGCCCAGCUAUAACAUACUAAAAUUUGAGCCCGCUCGAUGCCAUAGGGGCGGAGCUAUUGAGAAAACAAAAAAAGGGGGGUCUUCAAAAUGGCGGAAGGAGGGGUGGGGGGUGGGGGGUCAAUGCACCAAGUUGCAAUUUUCACCCGAUAUUUAACCUUUGCCGAAAACCGCAAGUAAAUAUCUUUUUUAGUUUAGGAGCUAUUAAGCUCCAAAGAGCGGCCGGACGGCCGGCCGGCCGGCCGGGAACGUAACUUAGCCCCCCAUAUAUUCGUGAUCAGGAAGUGGCGAAACACAUUUUGGCCAAGUUUGAGCGCGAUCGGACGACAUGAAAUUUUGUUAGGAUUAUAGUAGGUGAGAUUGUUAAGAAUCUCACCUAAUAAAUAUAUAUAUUUUUAAUUUUUCGAAAGUAAAUUGAUUCAUAUCAAAUUCUCAGGAUGUUCAGUUUCAUGGCAAUCGUGCAUGAGGGUACUAUUAUUAAUUAUUGUAACUUGAGACGAGGAGAUUUUAAGAUUUUAUGUAUAAUAAUUAUUUUUUAGACGCAGAGAGAUCAUUGAUUGAAAAAAUGUUUUAAUUUUUGAAUUUUUUUGGGUAUUUAUUGAUGUAAUAACAGAAUUUACAAAAUAAAUUAUAUCAACAUUUUUUAAAAAAUUGUGUUCAACUUCUAGUUUUUAUUUUUAUUGACUUUAAUUUUUUUUGAAUCAGCAUAUAUCAAAAUUCUUUUUUCUUUUGUUACAAAAUGGGAAAUAAAUCAAAGAGAAAAUUGAUGAUCUCUUUGUAGGUCAGAAAUCUUAGCUGUGAUUUCUUUAGAAUCAAUAACUAGAAAUUAGAAGACUAGAAAGAUUUUUGUGGCAUUUUUUGAGUAAAUUUUAGUGUGCAACUAAUUUAUAGGUUUUAGAUUUUGAUUGAUGUUUAACAAUUUGCAGGGAGCAAUAUAUUGUAGACUUGAAUAUUGAUUAUCUUAUUUUUUUUCUCAAAACAAUUGAUGACUUUUGAACUAAAAAUUGUAGGUUCACUUCUUUGUACAUAAAAAGAUUUAUAUUAAUAAAGUGAUAAGAUCGAUGGAAAUUAGUGACAAAUG